CGGCAGGCGCUGGGCGGCCCCGCGCAGGCGCCGGCGCGGGAGGCCGGGGCGGGCCGCCGGCUUUGCCAGGGGAACGGCGGUGUUGACGGCCGCGGCCCGGCGCCCAGCGCUCCGCCAUGCCCGUGCGCUUCAGGGGACUGAGUGAAUAUAAGAGAAACUUCCGAUGGAGAAAGCCGGAGUUCUGUAGCGCUUCCCAGCAGCACAAGGCCUCGUGGGCAGGACUGCGGUCUGACCAGCUGGGAAUCUCAAGAGAACCAAAGUUUAUUUCCAAGAGAAGGGUACCCUACCAUAAACCACAGAUUUCAAAGUCCUUUGAAUGGACGGCAGAUUGCAAUUUGAAUGAUCCACUAGAAACUGAAGCUCUUUGGACUGCAGAAUUGCACAGAGACCACAAUAACAAUGAUAUGAAUCAGGAAAAGAUUGAAACUCCAGAAGGACCCAGGAUUCCCCCAAAAGUUCGGUCACAUUCUGCAGAUUCUAGGGUUGAAAGAGCUCUUGCUCUUCCAGAAAACAACAUGAAGAGAUCACCACCUGCAGCUCCACCAAAUCAAAAUGAAGCAUUUGUAUCUCCAAAAAAAGGGUUAGAAAAAGUGGAUAAUGGGCCUCACAGAGCCCUUCAGAGGAAAGCAGGCAUGAAUAUUUUACCUUUAAAUACUUUUCCCAGAAAUUCUGAAUAUCAAAGCCAGUUUGUUUGGAAGAGUCCUCAUGAAAAGUCUCCAAUACUUGCAGCUGAACAGGUUAUUCACAGUACAAGUAAAUCCAUCCCUCCAUUUAAGUCUCCUGCAAUUACUUCUGAAACUGAAUGUGAGAGAAAUUUCAAAGAUUCUCCUGUUAAGAGUCCACAACUGAGAUGUGAUUCGGAAGAGAAAGAAUUUCCGGUUUGUGAACAAGUAAAUAUUUCCCCUAAAAGAAAGUCAUUGAAUAAAAGGAAAGAACCGUUUCAAAAGCCAACAGAAGAUGCAUCAAAACAAGGGAAAAAAUCAGAGCAGAAACAUCUUAAACAAAAAAAUAAGCAACAUAUCAGUCAAAAACCCCUCUCUUUACAUACAAGUCGUGGGAAGAUGAACACUGAAUAUAGAUCAAAAUUUUUGUCUCCAGCUCAGUAUUUGUACAAAGAUGGAGCUUGGUCUCGUAUCAGGAAUAAUGUUCCCAAUCAGGCAUCUCAAAACACCCUAAAUUCCAUGUGGUAUAUGGAGGUGAAAGAACUUCGAGCCAGAGCAAAGGCGUACAGGCAACGAAUAGAGGGAACGCACUUCUCACGAUACCAUCUCAAUCAGAUUCUGUCUGAUAAUAACAGUCUCUGGGAUGUGUCUUCAAGUUCCAGUUCAGAAGAAGGCAUCAGCAACAACAUCAGAGCACUAGAUCUUGCCAGAGUUUCUGAAAAAGAGACUUCACCAAGCCCCAAAGCGCUACUCCAACCUGACCCAAGAGAAGAGUUGCACCAGGACAGCACUGAGAAGAAAGGCCUGUCAGAUGUCUCAACUGUUCCAGUCAAGAGGCGUUUAGUUUGGGGUGAACAAGAAGGUACUGAAGAAAGGGACAAUCAGCCAUCAACAGAAGAUGAAGAAAAAGAAAACGAGCAGGUUGCAGUCAUGGCUCGGGAGUUAGAUGAUAAGGAUGCCACCAAGGAUAAAAAAACUGAAGGCAAGAAUGCCUUGGUAUUGAAUUCCUCUGUGGCUACAUCAGAUUCUUCUUCUGUAUCCUCGAGGACAGGUGGCAGGCUUCCUACUCCAAAGCUGAGAGCACUUGGUGGAGCUCAGAGGACUCAUCAUGAUCUCACCACUCCGACUGUUGGAGGUGCGGUUUUAGUGUCUCCUCCUAAGUCCAAGUCUUCAUCUCCACAGCAGAGAACAAGAGCUUUAGGAACAGACCCUACUGCACCUAAGCAAGGUGCAAGAGAAGCUUCAAAAAGAAGAUCCUGCCGGCCCGAUGUAGAAGUGGAAGCUGUUUCACUCCUUACCUCUCCACCCGCUGGGCUGGGAACUUUGGAUCCUUUGCCUUUAAGGCAGGAUCAGUGGCCUGGUAAUAGCGUUUGUGAUGAGCGAGUUUCUCUUGCUUCAGAACAUCAAGAGCAUUCCUCUUCUCCUCCUAUGCUGAAGGCAGCUGAAAUCCACUCUACACCUUAUUGGAGUCCCUCUCGUCGUAUUCAAGGGACUCUCAAGGACCCAGAAUUCCAGCAUAAUGGGAAUGUUGUGAGUCCCAAAAUGAGAUCUUUCCAGUUACCACUUCAGGAAAGAAACUAUAAUGAUGAAGAUGACAAACUGUCUCAGAUUUCUGCUCGCUCCGCAGCUUCUAGCUCACUGGCAUCUCAGGUAUUAGAACGAGCUCAGAAGAGGAAGGAGGAUUUCUGGGGCAAGACAUAAUCUGUUUCACCUGGUUUUAUAGAAACUGUUCUGCAAAAUGCUUUAUUUUUACAGUUUAUAGUUGUGCACAUUUUUUUAAACUGUGAUUGUAGAUGUCAUGUAGUAUCCUUUCACCUAUCACUAAGAAGGUCCAACUUUUUAGAUGUGUCAGCCCAGUUUUGACAUUUCAAUAUUUAGACCAGUGCUGAAAAUCUAGGUCCCUGAUAUCUCUAAGAAUUCAGUCCUAAUUCAUUAUUUUACAGCAGUUGUACUGAGUUUGUUUUUUGUUUUUUGUUUUUUGUUUUUUUGUUUUUUGUUUUUUUUGUUUUUUGUUUUUUGUUUUUUGUUUUUUGUUUUUACAAUGGCCCCUCCUGAAACUGAAACAAUUAUUUUUAUGCAGCCCAUGUGUUAUUCUUCAAGGUGUUCUACUGCAGUCAUGUAGUAUGACCUAGGACAGUAUUCAGGGGCAAUAGUGUUGUUCCCUGAACACCUCAGUUGCUUGAUUUUAACCAGGUGUAUUAGACAGCUGUGGUACAUUUGUUUGUUGCUGUCUGAAUUGUGAGUGCAGCACAGAGCUAUAACAAACUUUGUUACUUUUACUACUUACUGCUUUUAGGCUGCUGCCAAAAAAAUUCCUACUGUUUCUUAACAAAGCUAACGUGGAAUAUACAAGAGUUUGAGAAAAGAAGGUUAAGCUUCGGGGUUUUGUUAAUUGCCCCAGCUUUUUGGCUAGGAUGACUAUGAGAGUUCAAUGUGUACAGUACCACAGCUUGUCAGAAGAAUCAAUGUGGACAUAAGUCUUUUGUUGGCAAGACCCAUUUUUUAGUGUUAAUUUCAACUUCUCUAGAAAAAGCAAUCUCAAACACCUAAGCACUGGUAUUCCCCUGCCCUACUUCUGCUCAGUUAUUUAGGAGUAGUUGGUCUCUUAAAGUAAACUUGGAAGAAUGUUUUAUUUGGCUUUGACAUCUUAAUUACCUCUUGUUCUGGUUGCCUGUUUUUGGGUGACUGGGAUACUGUAAUCAUUGUCAAAGCAAAAACUGUUUGUGAUUUAUGCUGACAGCCUGUUUCCUCUGUCCAAGUGAUGCAAACAAGUUAACAUGAAGUGGGAGAAAUAGGUGGGUAGCAGCCAGUUCGUACAGUGGUUUAGUUCUUUUUACAUAGUUUCAAACUUUAGUAAUACAUGGUUUAAAAAUUUUGUACAAGAUCAAUUUCAAUUUUGUAUGCAUUUGAAAAUAAAAAAGAUCAACUUUG